UGGGGGGGACGGGGACGGGACAGGGGGGGGGAAAUGGCAUCGGGAGAUGAGUUCGGCUAUCUCAUUCCGCCCCCCCAGGGCGAGAAGCACCGGCGGGCCCCCAACUGGACCGACGGCGAAAUGAAGGCCCUGCUCUAUGUUUGGGAGGAGAACCACAACGAGCUGAAGACCAGCAAGAGGAACGCCAAGGUUUACGAGAGGAUGUCGCAGCGCUUCUUCCAGCUGACGGGCGAGCAACGCUUCAAGGAGGAGAUCAAGAUGAAGAUCACAAACAUGUCCUUCCAGUACAGGCGACUUAAAUCCAACGUCAUGGAAAGCGGCGAGACGCCCGACUGGCCCUAUUAUAAGCCCAUCGAGAAUAUCCUAUCCAAACCUUUGGAGGCGGUACGAGGCAGCUGGUCCGAGUCCCAGGCCGAGUCCCAGGCCUCGGCGAGCGCCGGGACCUCCUCCCAGGCCGCCGACAACCCUUCGGGCCAGCCGGAGGAGACGGUGAUGGGCUACCUGCCCGAGUACACGGGCUCCUCGGACGAAAUGGAGAUCAAGCAGGAGCUGGACUCUUGGAGCUCUGACAGUGAGCAGACGCGAGGCUCCAGCUCCCAUCCAGUUUCAAGCAAGCAAAAGAGCACAAAAAGACAGCACUCCCUGAAGCGGAAGAAGCUGCAGCUGAUGCAGGCCAUGCUGCAGCAACAAAAGCGCUCCAACCAAGCCAUCGAGGACACGUGCAGGGAGGUCCGGCGGGCCUUGCACCAGCAGAACCUGGUCCAGGUCCAGUGUAUGCAGUUGCAGGAGCGCAUGAUGAACCUUCUGGAGAAGAUGAUCCUGCCAUCCUCCACGAGUGGGAAGAACCAAAUCGGAAAUUCAAGUGUAGCUUCCUUAUAGUCCACAAGCAUCUUUAAGCCUCGUGUGUAGAAAAAAAAUAAUGCAUGUGCUUGUUUGCAUUGCUGUAGAAAUAAACCCAAUAGUUUGACAUUA